AAAAAAAUUGGGAAAAACACAAAAUUCCGCACAAGACUAUAAUAAUACAACUAGAAACUUAACUGUGACAUAAAUAAAAAAAUAACAACAAAUUUUAAAAAUAACUAAAUACAAUAAUAAAACCAAUUGCAAAAUAAUUGCAAUAAACUUGAUGCGUUUGCGUUGAGUGAAAAUUGCAGUGUGUACAACAAAUACGGAACGAAAUAAACUACAUUUUUAAAGUCCCAUAGACGUUUGUAAAGCUUUAAGCUGGCUCUCAAAAUACGCAAGAAUCUCACCUAUAACUCAUCCACAUCCUCAUCAUCCACCCCAUCAAACAUCGCUCACGCAACCACAUCGGCUAGUGAUCCUGAAAUCACCCUAUCAUCCUUAUCAUCUGCCCUCUUACCGGCAUCAUUGCUGAGUACGACAUUUCAGAAUCUCAUACCAUACGCCAUUGCAGGCAUAGCGCCGGGACCGCAUAAUCUGCUGCCACCACCACCGCCGCCCUUGCCACCAACAUCGUCACUGUCGUCACUGCCAACGACGCCAGCGACUUCGAGCUGCGGCCCCAACACUGGUAUUAGCAGUGCCGAUUCCAGUCCACACACAACAGUUCCAACGCACACAGCCAUGGGUGGCCCACACCCGCCAUUGCCGACCAUCGAGGGUCAGACAUAUUGUUUACGUUGGAAUAAUCACAAAUCAAAUCUUGUCGAGAUUCUUGAUGCUCUAAUUAAGGUCGAGAGCUAUGUGGACUGCACAAUUGUUGUGGAUGACCAGGUGCAUUUCAAAGCGCACAGGGUUGUUCUAGCCGCCAACUCGCCAUAUUUCCAGGCCAUACUGCAGGAUGUACCCAUGGAUCAUUGCAGCAUUAUAUUUCCCGGUGUCAAGGCGUUCGAAAUGCGUGCACUACUGGAUUACAUGUACACCGGUGAAGUGAAUGUAACGCAGAGUCAGAUACCGACUAUAAUGCGUAUUGCCGAGGAGCUGGAGGUGAAAGGACUGUUCGAUAUGGCCGAUCUGAAGGAGAAAUUCAACAAACUGAGCGAAGAACAUGCGGAUCGUGCCAGUCACGGUUACCCGUAUGCAGCAGCCAGUACUUCGAGUCUAACAGCACCGUAUGCCAUGGCUACAAGUUCGUCCUCUGCACAGGGUGUACACAAUGGCAAGGAUCACCAUGCCGCCGAUUUACCAAUACCUUCACAACACAAUUCCUCAUCCGUGAUCUCAACGUCAUCGCACAUAUCACCAUCAGCUGCAGCUACGAGCACGUCCUCGCCACCCUACACAAAUUAUAAAUCGCCAUAUACCAAUCUGUAUUCCAAAUCCCCCGGUCCCUCCAAUGGUGGUGCACCCACUGGGAAUGGAUCUGGCUUAGGACAAACAAAAUCUGCCAAUACACCACAGACACCAACACAUUCACAAGCUCAGGCGCCAAAUGCAGAUCAUGCACAAUGGCCGUUAUCGCCGUCGGCAGCUGUCGGUAUGUUGGGUUCAGUCUAUGACUCUGUCCCCGACAAUCCACUCAAACGUAAAAAGCUCUCGUCAAUGACUUCAAUGCUAAUGAAUCGCGACACCCCCAUUUUACGCAACGUCUUGGCCCAAGCUAAUCCCGCCGACUCAUCUCAGCCAAUAUCAUUCUCAAUGCCCGCUGCCAGCAAAGCCGACAACAAAUCGAAUACCGACAAAAACUCACCACAUGGCGGACAUAACAAUAAUCAUGGUCAACAUUUUAACGGCACCGAAUAUGGCAGUGAUAAGAAAUAUCACGAUGAACCACAUUCGCCUUACACAGAUCGCUCGUUUGAUGACGACGGUUAUGAUGCCAAGGGAAAUUAUGGUGGCGGAUUCAGCUCUAACGCGAACCAGAAACCCGAAUGGAAACGCUAUAAACAAUACACACGCAGCGAUAUCAUGUCCGCCAUUCAAUGUGUACGGGAAGGUAUGAGCGCACUGCAAGCCUCACGAAAAUUCGGUGUACCGUCACGCACACUCUACGACAAAGUCAAGAAGUUGGGUAUAACCACCGGUCGUCCCAUGAAUCGCACCAUGAAACGUAGUCCGAGUAAUGUGGACUCAACCGCUGCCUUCUCCUAUCCACACGGUUAUGGCGCCGAGCCCUUAAUGUCAUCAAUGCAUGAAGGACGCAGUGAUGAACGCGAGCCAAAAGACCACCACCGCACCGAACAUCAUCACAUGCCACCACAAUUGCCGCAUUCGCUGCUGGAUCACGCAUUGCUACAGCAGGCGUUGGAGAGUCGUGGCGGAGACAUUGCAGGACGCGGUGCACUAUUGCUAGCAGCUGCAGCGCACGCCGCCGCCAACCGUAUCUCAACCAGCCCCGGACCUAACGGUUCCAGCGCCAUGCGUUCGCCCAGUCCACCGAAUUAUGGUCGUAAAUACGGACGUGGUGGAAGUGAGCAAGAUUACGCCAUGGAACGGGACGGACGCAGACGUGAACGCGGCAGAGAACGCGAUAUGGAUGGCAGUCGGGAAAAUGAACGACGCAUGCUGGAGCAUGAGUUAGAACAUGAGCGUGAGCUGGCGAGUGAAAGCGAACGCGAACGCGAGUAUGAGCGUGAACAGCGCGAAGAACGCGAAAGUGAAAGGAAGCGUGCGCGCGAAUACGAGCGCGAACAUGAGCGUGACAUGGACCGCGAGCAUGCACGUAGUCGUAAACGUGCCAGCCGACGACGCUCGCACGACGAUGAGGAAACUAACGGCCAAGUUGAAGAUCUGUCUGUAGCGCGCCGCCAAUGCAUAUCGCCAGCACCCAACUCAGUGUCACCACACAGGCGAACGCGUUCACCAUCCUACUCACCGCCACCAGCACCACCAGCAACACAACCGGCAGCGCUCGAUUGCGGCAGUGGCGUCAUAAAACUCGCAACCACCGCCGCGGUUGCCAUCAAUCCAGCCGACAUUAGUCGCUGUUCGAGCCGCAGCAGUAACGGUUUAACCAUGGCUGAUACCAACAUCAGCAACGACGAGUACAACGAAACGAGCGCCACCUUAGAAGCCGCAACAACAAUGACAGCGAUCAAGCGUGAAAUCAUUAGCAGCGACGACGGACGCAACGACUGAUUAAUGCUCUCCAUGGCGUGGCACUACGCAACCGAUACCUGUUACGAUUCGUUGUUUUGGGGCCGUUGACUGUUGUCCGUUAUGCGUGCCAUUUUACGACGCUUACAAUAAGGCUGUCAACAUAACUGCAGUGCGCAAGUUGCGGCUAAAAUUUUGUAAGAACGCAUGCGUAUUUGAUAUCUAUAUAUAUGUAUAUAGUAUAUAUGUGCAACGGUGAAAUAGGCGUAUCAGCGUGGGGGGCGGCACUAAAACUAGCUUUAAUUGAGUGCUCUAAUGUUGUUGAUUUUAUAGCGUCUCAGUGGCAGCCUUAAGCGCCGCAUAGUAAUUAAUGUAGACUAGACAAGCCGGUGUCGCAGUCGGUCUACUCAGUGAACUCAGUGAAUAUAUGUAUUAAAUAUUACUUGUUAUUGUUGUAAAUUCUUUAAAUGUGACAAUUCGCACUAAUUGUAUACAACAUUAAUAUUGGUUUAAUUAACAAAAAAUAAUAAUAAUAUGCAAAAUAAUUUUCCUUGAUAUGCGCUUGUUUUGCUACGAAAAACGGUAGUCUGUGAAAGGAGGAAGGAGCAACAAGCGGCAGUUACUGUUGUCAGAAUCACCCUGUGCCUAAAUGUAGAGUGAAAUACUACAAAUAAGUUAAAUUUAGUAAUAAAAAAAAAGAAAGCUAUGAAAUUAGUUGUAACAAAUAGUUAGCUAAGAGAGUCCAUACAUGUAUCUACUAUAGUUGAUAAAUAAACCCACAGUUAAACGCAGCAAUUUGUAUGUGGAUCACAAUGAUCACACUAUGCUAGCUCACAGCUGUGCGGUGGGUGUAUUUGUAGACAAAAAAACAUAAAAACAAAAACAAAAAUAACUGUCCAAACACAAGACUGAUGGGAUGGAAUGCAGAACUGAUAAACGAGUGCAUUAGAAAGCAACAAAAUAUUCAGAUGACAUAUGUGAAAGUGCAAAGGGCAACUCAAGAGUGCUGAAUUUUGUCCUAAAAAUGUUCAGUGAGAGCAACAACAAACAAUGCAUUUGAGAAAAUUUCAAAAUUAAAGGCCAUCAAUUAACUUUAGAAGCUACUAAUUGUCAUAUAACUUUUUUUAGAAUGUAAUGAGUAUGUCACAAAAAAAAAAAUUUAGAAAAGAACAACAACAAAAAAUG